GCCUUUUUGGUAUAUUAAUUUGAUAAAAAUAAGUACUAUUUAUUUUCCGCCCAAACCGUUCCCGUAAUUCCAACUUUACGUGGCUUUGGUUGUAAUUCAGUUCAACAUACAAAGCAGACGCCGACCUAAUCUGAGACUAGCGGUAAGCAAUGUCAAUAUAAAGUGAUGAGUGUGGCGUGGCUUACCUGCGACAAUUAGAGAACGGUGAACCAAUCACAGGCCGCCAAACAUCCAACCAACUUACCCUACUCAUUGACCUGGGACAUGUGCUGUGUUCGCCUAACUUCGCUAUCCGAGUUUGGGAGUGGUUGCGUCAGAAGCCAGACCGAUAAUGUCAUUUGUUGGUUAUCAUGAUUAGGUUAUACCGCCACUCGUUAGUUUUGUACGCUGACCAAUCGUGGCAGUCGUUACGAUGCGACCCAGGAGAAAUGGAGAAGAUAGUCCCGCCUAGCCAAUCGGCGUAGACAUUGCUAGCGAGCUCGGUUUGAUUUAUACUACCCUCAAUUUGCACACAGGGAAAAAAUGCGGUGAUGAUGACAAACACUGUGUUGGCUGAGACAGUGAUGUGGGUUUGUGUUACUAAAGCAGCAAGUCUAGUAGAUAAUGACAAUAGUGAUAGUUCAUUGUCAACUACCACCAUUACUUCCGUCAUCUCUGCAAGUCUGUGAGUGAAAUAACGCAAGCUAGACAUCGAGAGGGGCAUCUUUGGGGAAGAUGCAACCGUCUAAAGCCGUGAUGGCUUUCACGGUGGAUUCUUUGAUGGCUUCAGCUCCUCCGUCUCAAUCAACCGUGAGCAGCGCGCCGUCCUACCAUCACUACACCGGCUUCGGGAGCUUUUUGCCGGCACACCUACACGGCAGCGCGGCGGUUGUCCCAGCUCACGGGAACGGACUCCUGCAUCACCUGCACGCGCCUCAACACCACUUGCCGUACAAUGGUUCCAUGCGAGGCCCUCCGUUACAUCUGAUUUCCCCUUCACAUCCAGUAAUUUCAGAUACUGAAAAUCCAUCAAUUCCCAAUAUAAGGACUUCACUGUCAGGUCAGCAUGCGGACUUCUACCCACCGCGGACUAUGGUUGGCCAUUUACCCGGCGAUACAUAUCAACCACACCAUGUUGAUCAAGAGCCUAGUUGGCGCAGAGCUCUUCGAGAAGACGCUCAUUUUCGAGAAACUAAUUCGUCGAUAAUAAGUGACCGGUUAACCCAGGCAGAAAUGAGCCCACUUUCGGAUUCUGAGAGUAAGUUGGAUACGGACUGCCGUAGUGAUCAUGGCGAAGAUUGCACCGAGUCUCCGCUGCAAGACGACCCAGACGACGAGCAGGCUGAGUCCGGUGACGGUGACGGGGACGGUGGCUGCAGCGCCGGGCGGGCUGGCUCCAAGUCACGCCGCCGUAGGACAGCCUUCACUAGCGACCAGCUACUGGAACUUGAGAAGGAAUUUCACAGCAAGAAAUACCUGACUCUGAGUGAGAGGUCGCAGAUCGCCAGGUCCCUGCACCUGAGUGAGGUCCAAGUCAAGAUUUGGUUUCAGAACCGGAGGGCCAAAUGGAAGCGCCUGAAGGCCGGGAUAACGAGUGGACGUAAUGGGGCUAAUCCUAACCCUAAACUGGUCGUACCUAUCCCCGUACAUGUUAACCGGUUCGCUAUCCGAUCACAGCAGCAAUGCCGGCCUCGCUUGCCAGAGCCUAACGACCCAAUACCGCAGAUUGGCUUACACCGAGAUGUCAGUCAUGUCGGAGAAUUAUACAACAAGACAGCCACGGUAUAGUGGCCUUGGUAAACCAAACCUAACGUCCACUUUUCGCAAAAUUUUGAACAACUGAUGACGUUAGCGCAAUCAAGAUGUGGAAGUGUUGUUCGAUUCUGCAAAUGUCAUGUCGCCUUGCGCACCUGUAAUGACAAGACCAACUUUGGGAGCGCUACACAUUUCAACAGUUGAACCUUGUUGUACGGAACUUGUGGACUUGGCGCCCAAGUUGUAAUCCCAACUCAAGAUAACUCUUCCGAUGCAGGUAUCAAGGUAGAUGGUAUCGAUUUCUGUUGGUGAAGAAAAAAGUGAAACAGUCGAUUCUAAUCAUUGUGUCCUCUAUGUGUGUGCUUGUCGGUAGGCCUGUAAAUGUUCAAAGGGGACGCAAAUACCCCAUCGUGAUUAAAUAUUUGAUUCUCGUGAACUAAAUCAAUUAAUGUAUAUUGUAAGCUUGUCCUUGUAUUGUAUUUCUUGGCGGCAAAUGUGACAGAUUUCCUUUCAUUGUGGGGAAAGUGCUUUAAGUUCAAAACUUUUGUGUUCGAUUGGUAUCCCACUUUAAAAGAACUUAAUGAUUCGAAAUUAUGAAGAUGCCAACUUUCAUUGAAAAGAACGGUUAUCUUUACGAUACCAGGAAAAGCCAGAUUGUUAUCAAAACGUCCAAUUUAAAAUGUUAUUUAGUUUUCUUCAAAAAGGAAGUAUCGAUCCAUAUAGGUUUUGGAUGGAGUCUAUACAUCCUGGCAAUAUUUGUUAACGAUUCAGGACAAACAAAUAAUAUGACAUUUCCAUCACUCCAUGCAUCACAGUGCAUCGAUAAUCAGGAAACCUUCGUAGUAUGGCUUGGUUAAAAUAUGCUUCCGUUCGAUGCAUGCCUAAAAAAAAAUCAUGUGAACCAGAAAAUGCCCUUUUUUAGAUUGUACCUGGAAACAGUGAUUCAAUCCGUCUUCUCAUCCAGAAAAAUUAAUGUAGUCAUUCUUUCAUUUUGGCUCUUAUAAGCUUCUAUUUACGAAUGAUGAAAUCCUAAAGCUCUGGCCAAAGACAAGGAAUUUAAGACCAACCGUCUGAUCUGAUUAUUGCUUUCGUCUUUAUAAGAGUUGUCUUGAUCGUGCUUAUGGAACUUGAUGAGAAGUGUAAAAUUCUUGUGCAUUUUCUUUUGUUCUUAAAAAGGAAUGCUUCAUUGGCCGCACACACUUUGGUUAUUUUUUACCUGAUUAAAAAUACAUAUACAUGUAUAUCCAUA